GGCGUGGUAGGAAGUGGUAGCCGUCAAUCACAAGGGGAGACUCCAAACAGUGAGCCUGGAGCUGGAGAACAGCGUUUACCGGCGGGUCGGCCGGUUUAGCGAAUGAAGCUAUGGCUACAGAUUCUCCCCGAAGACCCAGUCGUUGUACUGGUGGAGUUGUGGUCCGCCCCCAGGCUGUCACGGAGCAGUCCUACAUGGAAAGUGUUGUGACUUUUCUACAGGACGUUGUGCCACAGGCUUACAGUGGAACACCUCUAACAGAAGAAAAGGAGAAAAUAGUCUGGGUCAGAUUUGAAAAUGCAGAUUUAAAUGAUACAUCAAGAAAUCUGGAAUUUCAUGAAAUACACAGCACUGGGAAUGAGCCACCUCUGCUGAUUAUGAUCGGCUACAGUGAUGGAAUGCAGGUCUGGAGCAUUCCGAUCAGUGGGGAAGCACAGGAGCUCUUUUCUGUUCGACAUGGCCCCAUUCGAGCGGCUAGAAUCUUGCCUGCUCCGCAGUUUGGUACUCAAAAGUGUGACAACUUUGCUGAAAAAAGGCCCCUCCUUGGUGUUUGUAAGAGCACUGGAUCUUCUGGCACAAGUCCACCUUACUGUUGUGUAGAUCUAUAUUCACUUCGUACUGGGGAGAUGGUCAAGUCUAUUCAGUUUAAAACACCUAUCUAUGAUCUCCAUUGCAACAAACGGAUCCUCGUUGUAGUCUUGCAGGAGAAAAUUGCUGCCUUUGAUAGCUGUACUUUCACAAAAAAAUUUUUUGUCACAAGCUGCUAUCCUUGUCCAGGGCCCAACAUGAAUCCUAUUGCUCUUGGGAGCCGCUGGCUGGCUUAUGCAGAAAACAAGCUGAUUCGAUGUCAUCAGUCCCGUGGUGGAGCCUGUGGAGACAACAUUCAGUCUUACACUGCCACAGUCAUUAGUGCUGCUAAAACAUUGAAAACUGGUUUGACAAUGGUCGGGAAAGUAGUGACUCAGCUGACAGGCACACUGCCUUCAGGUGUGACAGAAGAUGAUGUUGCCCUCCAUAGUAAUUCAAGGCGGAGUCCUUUGGUUCCAGGCAUCAUCACAGUAAUUGACACUGAAACAGUUGGAGAGGGCCAGGUGCUUGUGAGCGAGGAUUCUGACAGUGAUGGUAUUGUGGCCCACUUUCCUGCUCAUGAAAAACCAGUGUGCUGUAUGGCGUUUAAUACAAGUGGAAUGCUUCUAGUCACAACAGACACCCUCGGCCAUGACUUUCAUGUCUUCCAAAUUCUGACUCAUCCUUGGUCUUCAUCACAAAGUGCUGUCCAUCAUCUGUAUACUCUUCACAGAGGAGAAACUGAAGCCAAAGUACAAGACAUCUGCUUCAGCCAUGACUGUCGCUGGGUCGUGGUCAGUACUCUCCGGGGAACUUCCCACGUUUUCCCCAUCAACCCUUAUGGUGGUCAGCCUUGUGUUCGAACACAUAUGUCACCACGAGUUGUGAAUCGUAUGAGCCGUUUCCAGAAAAGUGCUGGGCUGGAAGAAAUUGAACAAGAACUGACAUCUAAGCAAGGAGGUCGCUGUAGCCCUGUUCCAGGUCUAUCAAGUAGCCCUUCUGGAUCACCUCUGCACGGGAAACUAAACAGCCAAGACUCCUACAAUAAUUUUGCCAACAACAAUCCUGGCAACCCCCGGCUCUCUCCUCUCCCCAGCUUGAUGGUACUGAUGCCUCUUGCACAAAUCAAGCAACCAAUGACAUUGGGGACCAUCACCAAACGAACAGGGCCUUAUCUGUUUGGAGCGGGGUGUUUUUCCAUAAAAGCUCCAUGCAAAGUUAAACCACCUCCACAAAUUUCACCCAGCAAAUCAAUGGGCGGAGAAUUUUGUGUGGCUGCAAUGUUUGGGACAUCCAGAUCGUGGUUUGCAAAUAAUGCAGGUCUGAAAAGAGAAAAAGAUCAGUCCAAACAAGUUGUAGUUGAGUCUCUCUACAUCAUUAGCUGCUAUGGGACCUUAGUGGAGCACAUGAUGGAGCCACGGCCGCUCAGCACUGCCCCCAAGAUUAGUGAUGACACCCCACUGGAAGUGAUGACCUCACCUCGAGCCAGCUGGACCCUGGUUAGAACUCCUCAAUGGAAUGAAUUGCAACCACCAUUUAAUGCAAACCACCCUCUGCUCCUCGCUGCAGAUGCAGUCCAGUAUUAUCAGUUCCUGCUUGCUGGCCUGGUUCCCCCUGGAAGUCCGGGGCCCAUUACUCGGCAUGGGUCCUAUGACAGUUUAGCUUCUGACCAUAGUGGACAGGAAGAUGAAGAAUGGCUUUCUCAGGUAGAAAUUGUAACGCACACCGGACCCCACAGACGUCUGUGGAUGGGUCCACAGUUCCAGUUCAAAACCAUCCAUCCCUCAGGCCAAACCACAGUCAUAUCAUCCAGUUCAUCUGUGUUGCAGUCUCACGGUCCAAGUGAUACUCCACAGCCCCUUUUGGAUUUUGACACAGAUGAUCUUGAUCUCAACAGUCUCAGGAUCCAGCCGGUCCGCUCUGACCCAGUCAGCAUGCCAGGGUCAUCCCGUCCAGUCUCUGAUCGAAGGGGAAUUUCCACCGUGAUUGAUGCUGCCUCAGUUUUCCCAUGUAACUUCUACAGUCCAGAAGAUCUUUUUGAUGAUUCUUAGACACCAACUCCAUAUCUAUUUACACCUGUUACGUGGAGCUGUCUUGUCCCUGGAGCCUUUUCUGUUUCUCUCUUCUACAUAUUAUAUUUAGGAUGUAAUUACCACGCUGUAAAAUGGUUUGACAUCAUUUUGUUUUGUUUUGUUUUAAAGCAUUCAAGUAAAAAUUAAUUUAUUUUGAACAGCAAUUUUGAAUCAAUGACUGCAUGAAGAUUAGGUCAUAAUUUUCUCACCUUGUUCAAAUAUUUAUCUCUAAUUUUUCUCCUACCAAAGUCUAGAAUUCCAAAGUGUCUUUCUUCAGUAAUUUAAUUAGGCCACAAGUUUGAGGCUUAAUGAUGGAUCAAAAAAUGUAUGAUAUGCUUGAGAGAUCAAGACAGCAAAUUGAUUACUGUUGUAGCAAAGGUUGGCAAAUGUGGGAGAGGGAGCAGGUACUGCCCUGUGCUGCAGGAUCUGAGUCAAUGAUCAAGGUCAGCCUCAGUUCAUUAACUUCCUCUGAGGGCUUAUAGUCAUUGUAAAUAUGACUUCUCAUACCUUAUAUUCUAAUUACAAUAUAGUAAAGUUUUGAAAUGACUUAUGUUCACUUCAGUAAUGCCAUAGAGUGAUAUAGGAUGUUGAAAGAUCUACAGUAGUGUAAGCUAACUUCUAGUCAUUUUGCCUAGUUUUCUAGUGCCUACAAAUAGAAAAUCUCACCCCUCAAGAUGCGUGUGUUAAUAAAUGUGUCCUCAUCCACGGACACAUCACACAGGGUCCUGUUCUAAACCUAAUUAUCUAAAACGUCAUCUGUUUUAAGGACCAGAAUGCAAGGAUUCUCAUUGUGCUCUCAGCUAAUACAUUAUUAAAAGUUGGAAUGUAUUUCAUGGUAAUUUUUAAGACCUUAUAAUCAAGACACGUAUUUUCUCAAUAAUUCUAAUAACCAUUUCAUUCCUGUGUUUAGACAAUACCAUAGGUUGUUUUGACUAUAAAGUGCAAAAAAAAAAAAAACCAAAACCAAAAACUUUUAACUGACUUUUUAAAUAUUUCACAUGAAGCAAAAUGGUAAAUCCCUUUAAACUGAACAGUUUUUAUGAAAUCCAGAAUGAAGAUAACAUUUUGUGUGUCCAGUCCUUUGUAUAAUAACUUGGUUUGGGGUUCUGCCUGUGGCUAAGCUAACUGUACUAUGAGAUAGGAUUCUUUAGUAUAAGGAUUUCUUAGUGUACUUUAUAGAAAUUCUCAACAUCAACCUCCAUAGGUAUACACAAAAUUAGAAAAAACAGUAUAUUUUUUCAUUUGUUAUACAGAUGUUAAAGACCAUUUGAGAAGCAGAGAGUGGUAUUGGUGAUAAGAUUAUGAAUUGGCAUUUUUUGAAGUUAAGGAUAUUUGUGGAUAUUGGAAAACUUUUUACUAAUGUCGUUUAAAAUAGAUUAUGUUCCUUUCAAUUUCUGUAAGUUAAUUUUAAUAAAGGUGAAAUAAUUAA